AUCAACAUCAAGGUUAUCAGCUAUCUUCGUCACACACACGCACACUGCUGUUUUGAAUUAAUAAAAAGCCGGUUUGUAUAAAAUGAGUGGAAGUUUAUUGAGCAGACACAGAGUAUUUGUCAAGUCGUUGGUAAGUCAAGUAGUUCGAAGGUCUUUGAAAACCACAGCAUCACUCAACAUGCCGGCACAGGUUGGUGAUUCUAUUCCAAGUGUUGAUCUCUAUGAAGACCUUCCUACGAACAAAGUCAAUUUAGCUGAGCUCUCAGCCGGGAAGAAAAUUAUCAUUUUUGCCGUCCCUGGUGCUUUCACUCCAGGAUGCUCGAAGACUCAUCUACCUGGCUACGUUCAGAAAGCUGAUCAAUUGAAAAGUCAGGGAGUCAAUGAAAUUGUUUGCGUAUCUGUUAACGACCCCUUUGUGAUGUCUGCAUGGGCUAAAGAUCAAAAUACUUCUGGUAAAGUACGACUCUUGGCAGACCCAGCAGCCGCCUUUACAAAAGCACUUGAUUUGACUGUCGAUAUUGCUCCUUUGGGAGGUGUCAGGAGCAAGAGGUACUCCAUGGUUGUAGAGAAUGGAAAGAUCACUUCUUUGCAAGUCGAGCCUGAUGGUACAGGGUUGUCAUGCUCACUAGCAGAUGCUAUUAAAUUGUAAUUGUGAAAAAUGGAGUCUUUAUUUUUAUCCAGAAAACUUUUUAAGGAAACUAAAUACAUGUCAGCACUACCUAGUAACUUUAGGUAAUAAUGAGUAUGUUUUAAUAUCUUAUCUGUUUUAAUAAAGGAAUUGAUUCAAA